UCAGCGCCGCGGAAGCCCUGCAGGAGCGGAGCGGGCGGCCCCGUGCGGCCCCUCAGAGCCGGGGCGGCGGCGGCGGCGAAGAUGGCGGCGGCGGACGGCGACGAUUCGCUUUACCCCAUCGCGGUGCUCAUCGACGAGCUCCGCAACGAGGACGUGCAGCUGCGCCUCAACAGCAUCAAGAAGCUCUCAACCAUCGCGCUGGCGCUGGGCGUGGAGCGAACCCGCAGCGAGCUCCUCCCUUUCCUCACCGACACCAUCUACGAUGAGGACGAGGUGCUGCUGGCCCUGGCAGAGCAGCUGGGCACCUUCACCGCCCUCGUGGGGGGACCCGAGUUCGUGCACUGCCUGCUGCCGCCGCUGGAGAGCCUGGCCACGGUGGAAGAGACGGUGGUGCGGGACAAGGCGGUGGAGUCGCUGCGGGCCGUGUCCCACGAGCACUCGCCGCCGGACCUCGAGGGUCACUUUGUGCCGCUGGUCAAGCGCCUGGCCGGAGGCGACUGGUUCACGUCGCGCACCUCGGCCUGCGGCCUCUUCAGCGUCUGCUACCCGCGCGUGUCCAGCCCCGUCAAGGCCGAGCUGCGCCAGUACUUCCGGAACCUGUGCUCGGAUGACACGCCCAUGGUGCGGCGCGCGGCCGCCUCCAAGCUGGGCGAGUUCGCCAAGGUGCUGGAGCUGGAGCACGUCAAGAGCGAGAUCAUCCCCAUGUUCUCCAACCUGGCCUCCGACGAGCAGGACUCGGUGCGGCUGCUGGCGGUGGAGGCGUGUAUGAUCGUCGUGGCGUGAGCAUCGCGCCAGCUGCUGCCGCAGGAGGCGCUGGAGGGGCUGGUGAUGCCCACGCUGUCGCGCAGGCGGCCGAGGACAAAGUCCUGGCGCGUGCGCUCCAUAGGUGGCCGACCACGUUCACCGCUGCUGCAGCGCGCCGUGGGCCCCGAGAUCACCAAGACCGACCUGGUGGGCGCCUUCCAGAGCCUGAUGAAGGACUGCGAGGCCGAGGUGCGCGCCGCCGCCUCCCACAAGGUCAAAGAGUUCUGUGAGAACCUGUCCCCCGACUGCCGCGAGGCCGUGAUCAUGGGCCAGAUCCUGCCCUGCAUCAAGGAGCUGGUGUCGGAUGCCAACCAGCACGUGAAGUCGGCGCUGGCCUCGGUGAUCAUGGGGCUGUCCCCGAUCCUGGGCAAGGACAACACGGUGGAGCACCUGCUGCCCCUGUUCCUGGCACAGCUCAAGGACGAGGUGGGCACACACCUGGGCACACCUGGGCACACCUGGGCACACCUGGGAAUAGAUGGAGAUACAUGGGGGCACACCUGGGCACACCUGCUGCCCCUGUUCCUGGCACAGCUCAAGGACGAGGUGGGCACACACCUGGGCACACACCUGGGCACACCUGGGCACAGACCUGGGCACACCUGGGCACACCUGGGCACACCCAAUGCAUUCCCAGUGGUUUUUUUCAGCUCCCUCUCGUGGUGGUUUUGUGAAUUGCAGCUUCCUCUCAGUAAUUCCCAGUCCCUCCCAGUCAAUCCCAGUAAAUCCCUCCCAGUCCAUCCCAGUCCCGUUCCAGUGGACAUUCCCAGCAUUUUCCGCGGGCUCCUCCUUAUGGUGGGCGGGCUUUUGGUGAACAACACUGGCAGAACGUUCCGCCCAGUGUAA